AUGAGCACCGCCGCGAAUCUGGCGGACGUUGCCGCGCGCGUCGUCGCGGCGUCGACGCGUUCCACCGCGCGCGCUUCCACCAACCCGGCGCGCCUCGUCGCGGUGUCCAAGACCAAGCCCGUGGAGCAGCUCAGGGAGUGCUACGACGCGGGCCAGCGAUGCUUCGGCGAGAACUACGUGCAGGAGAUCGUGGAGAAGGCGCCGCAGAUGCCGCCCGACACGGUGUGGCACUUCAUCGGGCAUCUCCAAAGCAACAAGGUCAAGGCCCUCGUCACCGGGGUGCCGUCCCUCGCGGUCGUAGAGACCGUGGACACGGUGAAGCUCGCGAACAAGCUCAACACCGCGGUGGGCGAGUUUCUGGAGGAACGCGCGAGGGUCGGCGCGGGUAAGCUGGGAGUGAUGGUCCAGGUGAACACGUCCGGCGAGGAGUCCAAGUUCGGGGUCGAGCCCAACGACUGCCUGCCCCUGGCGCGACACAUCCGCGACGAGUGCUCCAACCUCGCGUUUCGGGGGCUGAUGACCAUCGGGAUGCCGGACUACACGUCCAGGCCGGAGAACUUCCAAACCCUCGCGGCGUGCAGGGACGAGGUGUGCGCCGGACUCGGGCUGGAUGCGAAGGACGUCGAGCUCUCCAUGGGCAUGUCCGGUGACUUCGAAUCCGCGAUCGAGAUGGGCAGCGACAACGUCCGCGUCGGGUCCACCAUCUUCGGAGCCCGUGCGAACAUGUACAGCGAACACCUCAAAAAGUGAUGACUCGACGUUCACCAGCCUACGAUAAUUAGACUACAUUCUUUUCAAUGUCACUCCGACGCAGUGUCAC